AUGGGUGGUGAGAAGCCCUCGUCCAUAAAAUUAACAAAAAGCAAUUCUAUACCUGAGCGACUGACAGUUUACGACUUCUUCUUUGAAAAGAAGGCUACUGGUGCCUGGGUCGAAUGGGGCGCACGUCUCUCAAUGCCGGACCUCCCAGCGGAAGCCAAACCUGCUGAUAUGAUUGUGCCUACCGUAGAGACCAUGCGAAUGUCCUUCUUCCUGGACCUCUAUCUCUCGCAUCGCAUUCCCUUUUUGGAGAUCUACAUCCCAAACACUCUGAACUUUUCCGCACGGACCUCGGCCAACUUGACUCAAGAUAUUAUCAUGUCCCGGCUGGAUCGUCGUCGAAAGGGUGUAUUCGGACCGGCGCCGGGCAAGCAGUGCAUCGUUUUUGUCGACGACCUGAACAUGCCGGCAAAAGAGGUUUACGGCGCUCAGCCGCCGAUUGAACUGCUGCGCAUGUGGAUCGACCACGGCUAUUGGUUUGAUGUCAAAGAUAAUACAAAGCAAAAUCUGAUUGAUGUGGUGAGUCGUGUUUUCUCUUUGGCCAGAGCCUUUAGUAUACUACACGAGGGAUUAUCGUGGGUGGUUAUGUUAUUAGGGAAAACCCCCUGUCACUAA